AUGGAUAAUCAAAAUAACCGUAUAACAGAAAUCGAUAAUGAAGGAAACCAUGGCGAAGCUACUGAGAAACCUUCGAGAAUUUGUGAUCAGGAUUCAAUCUCAGCAAACGUGAAAUGCGAAGAAGAUACUUCAUCGCGCUCUUCAUUGCAGGACUCGCAAUCAAAACCAACACCAGGGAACUCUUCUCAGACCGUGGACGUAGUGGAAAUAAGCAGCGAUGAUGAACUUCAAAUUGUGGAAGUGAGCAUGACGGAAAGCGUCAAAAAAGCAGCUCCGGGCGAUGGAACUGAUCGUGACCAAAAUCCAAGCUCGUCGACAACGACGUCUGGAAGAACAAGUCCAAAAGACAUUACAUGCUCUGUUUGUCUCAGUGAAUAUGAGAACAAAGCUUUUCUAGACAAGUGUUUUCGUAUCCUUGAAGCUUGUAUUUGUGUUCAUUGGCUUCUUGCGUAAUGCUAGCUUUUACAAAAUUAAGGCUUAUUCUAAGGUUACGAUUGUUCAAAAGGUGGAUUGUCAGGAUUUAAACGGAAGUGAAUUCCUUCAUACGUAUCUCACCCUUGCUCCAAUUAAGAAGUUCUUUUCCGGGUACUCCGGUUAAGGAACUAACAAAUACAAGGCCACUCAUGUCCACCUUGUUGGACGGCUUUAAAGAAGGAGACAUAUAACAAUAGACGCUUUAAAACCCAACAUUUCUAAACUUCAUUUCGACCAGGAAUGGUAGAGGAAGAACCAUUAUGUAAAUGUGCUACCUCUAAAUCAUUGUUAUUUAAGCUUAUUUGUUAAUAUUUAUUUUAAUAUUUUUCUAGAGGAUAGAUUUCUGCCCCAUUGUUCUACAAUGAGGCAGCAAAACAAUGAAGCAGAUAUGGACUGUCCACUUGCAUGCAUUUUACCUUAAUCAUCCAUUUAGAUGCUUUUUGUUACUUCUGUAUUUUGCAAUGGUCCGAGAUAGUCCAGACAUGCCCUCUGUGUAAGUCAAGCUUCAGUUCUAUAAUUCAUAGUGUCAAAUCUAUGGACAACUACCAGCAGGUAAUUAAGUUCUCACAUCUUUAUCAAAGAUUGCUUGGUGCUCACAUCAUGUCCCUAGUUCUUGUUGCUGGAAUGUUAAUUCCUUCAGGUUGAAAAUCAAGCAACAUUGAUUCCAGGGGCUUAAUCCUUUACGUCAUGGAAGUGACGAAAAUCAACUUUCUCCUAACAAUAUCAAUACAUAAUUAAGAGAAAAUGUUGUGAGAAUGUAUAAAGUAAUCACUUCAUGGAAAAUGCUUUGAUCUUCAAGAAAAUUCUCCCAACUAAUUCAUUAAGGAAAUAUAUGGAUCAGUUUUGAGAAUUUGUAUGUGGAUAUUAAGGGUUAAGGCAGGUCCAGGCCCAGGAAUGUCAGAAAAAAGGGGGUUCGGGGAUGGUCUCAACUCCUUACUCAAGGUCUAGGUUACAUGAAUAAUUUAUUGAUUUAUUGAUUACAGAAAGUUUGGAAGCAUCUAUGUCCAGAAAUUAAGAUGCUGAAAACAGAUUUUCACAAUAUUUUAUAAAAUGAAAUUUUGGCUUGUUUUGAGCUACUUUGGGAAUUGAAAGUAUUAAGCCCUGGCAGCUGUUAGCCCUAUUAAGUUCCAAGUAUGGUUUUAUUUCAUUUUAGUUUAUUUGUUUGUUUGUUUUUUUACAGCAUUACUUAUCAAAACCAGAAGUCAACAGUACGGCAAUUCAGCAUCAGUCUCAAAGUGAUGGAAGACGGUUCCGUUAUCGAACAACAUUAGCAGAUGGGAGUCAGCAUCGGCAACAGACUCAUAGAAGACAACAGGGAGUGAAUGACGCUUGGGGUCAAUGGGAGCAACGACGGCAGGCUCAUUUGUCAUUACAGAGAAACAGAGGGUUCAUAGCUAGGGAACGGAGAAGGUGCAUACAUGUACUUCUGUUUUUAUGUCUUUUUAAUAUACUCUAGGUACUAGCUCAAACAUUCUGCCUUCUUUUGGCUCUUACUUCAUGAAUAGGACUUAGUUACAUGUAACAAAGGGGAACAAAACACCAUCAGAAUUCUGUAUUUCUUCGAACUGGGUUUUUCCUUUUUGUUCCAUUAACUCUGUUUCAAAGUCUCAUGAUGCAUAAAAAGCAUUCACUAGUGAGAACUGCUCCUAUGAACCUGUAUUCAUUUGUUUGGCUAACAAGAUAUUGAUCUUAUACUAUAAAACAAACACAGGACCAUUUACAGUGGCAAUCUAUGGGUGCAAGGAGUAAGUCAGACAGGACGACCUCGGCAGAGAGAUAUUUGUAAGUGAAAUUUACCACCAGUAUAACAACUACGAAAGAAUAGUUCAUCAACAUGACUCUAUAUAGUAUUUAAGCAAAUUUAUCACAGACGCCAAUUCCAAUAUUACAAAUAAAUAUUACAUAUUUGUGGUGUAUUUUUUCCUAAUUAAAUUGUUUACAUAUUCCAUAGCUCCGGCAUUUUUUCGCGUCAACCCUGCUUGUUCCCAUCGUUUGAUUCCAUGGCUUAACAGAGAUCUGAGAGUGUUACUGCACGACGAGGAGAGUCAUGUUAAUUUUCUUCUUCAGAUUAUUUUGUCUCUCAUCACCAAGUGAGUAAUUAAGUCUUGGUUCCCUUUAAUAUGCUUAAGGAAUGAUCUUAAAUAGUCCAAGAAAAUACAGCUUUUUGUUUCACAUUUUAAUGCCAUCCAAAAGACUGCAAGUGACUUAGGAAAACCCCUUGACAGCCAGAAGUAUGUUGAAAUGGUUUCUUUCCAUGUGAAACUGCGGCAAAAAAUGUAGAAGGCUACGCCAAUUAUGUUAAGCACAGGAUACAAAUAGACUGUCAAGGAUACUGGGCUGCCUGUGGUUAAGGGAUUUUUCCUUUUUUUGUCCCACCAUUUUGAGUCGGAAGAAGGCCCUGGAACUAGAUCAGUACUUCAAAGUCAAAUUUUGACAACUUGGUUCAAAUAAUUCAAAAAUCAGUGUAGUACUAGAUUGAAAUUAACAGAAAGUAACAAAAAACCAUAAUAUAAAAUAACAUAAUAUAAAAUAAUAUAACCAUAACCAUAAUAUAAAAUAACAGAAUAUAAAAUAACAGUAAAUAAAAUAACAGUAAAUAAAAUAACAGAAAACCAUUCAAAAUGUCGCAUGAAAAAUACAAUGGUUACAUGACCAAAUAAUUCUAAUAUUUCAUCCGAUUUAAAAAAGUUCAACUAACAGUAGUAUAAUAUGAUUAUAAAGUAAACGAAACCCAGGAUCAGAGGCAUUUUGUAAACUGUAAUUUUUAUCUUGUUUUUUUUUUCCCCAGGGUUGAGCUCACUUCAGAAGACUUUUGUAAUCAACUGCGCCCUUUUCUGUUUGACCAAACAGAACAUUUUAUUCACGAAUUUAUAAGCUUUGCUCGUUCGCCAUUUGAUAUCACUGCUUAUGAUGAGCGUGCGCAGUAUAGCUGGCCUAACGAGUCACGUGACCAAGUUAGAGACACGCCCACAGUGUUCAACAGUAGUUCUGCAGGUUUGGAUCAAUUAUCUAACUGUACUUUUUUCUCUUUGUCUUAAUGCUUUCUUGAAUCGCGCGACUUCGAAAGACGUGCGUCGUCAGUAAUGAGGAUGCUUGUGUGUAUUAGUCAGCAAAAGCUUUCAAAUCUCCAACGACAAAAAAAAAUUGCAGAGAAGCGCAGAACGCUACAAUGAAUUCAGAGGGUUCUCUUGGAGAAUACCUCAAGCAGAGAAACGUAUGCUGGACGUCACCCAAAGGGUAGAACAACUAUAGUGGAACCUCGAUUUAACGAAGGACCAAGGGACUGGCAAAGUGUUCUCAAUACCGAAGUUCUUUUUCAUAUAUUUCACUAUUACUUGGGUAAAGAAAAUCGUUCCUUAUACCGAGGGCUUCGGUUUAUAGAGGUUCGUUAUAUCGAGGUUCCACUGUUGAAGACACGAGAUGUACAUGUAUUGUCGUUGUGUCAGUCUUGCGUACAAUAUAGUUCCUGUGCAACCAUUUCCGCAGCUGCCACUUGCGUGACGAGUUACUGGUUCUUUCGUUGAGUGUCGAUGUUUGCUGAAAUUUAUUCAUUUGCUUGUCCUUUUUUUCGUUGGUUCAUGUUUGGCUUCUCUUUGUUCUUGUCAUGCAGGUUGGCAAACCCCAGCACCAGGCCCGUCUGGAGUAUCUCUGUUUGAUUUGUCCGAAACAGACUGGAACAGAGAUUCUCCAGUGUUACGAAUCGACGUCACCAACUGGUCUCCUGAUUCAUCUCCAGGCCAAGCAGGAAAUUUUGAGCCCAGUACAAUGGGGACUGUGACCAUCUCAUCAAGCAACUCUUCCCAGACUGUAUCAGUGGAAAAUUUAGAAAGCGAUGAACGUUCUAAUGGUUCCCCCUGUUUUAAUGUGGAAAGGAAGAGACGUAUUUCGGUCACUGAGACGACAAGCAAUGGGGAAAAUCGCGGAAAAUCGAGAAAAAAGCAUAGUAAACACAAACAUAAACAUAGGCAUAAACACAAGCGCAGGCAUGAGCGUAACGAUUCGCUGAAGUAUAACAAAAGCAGACGUUCUGACAGCCCGGAAAGACACCCCAGUAUGCCAGGUCCGAGCAAUCGCGUUUCCGUUGAUUCGUCGAUAACUGAAAUCCCGGUAGAUGUCAUUAUUUUAAGUGAUGACACGGCCUCGCCGGAUGUUUUUGAUAGUAAUAGCAAGUCUAGAGGCAUUGAUUUCUCAAAUUGCCGCGGAAGAAGAAAGCGGAAGCCGUCAUUAUCGCGGUCUCCGCCAUCAAGAUCUACAAGUAAAGGCGAAAGGAGCCUGGGAAGUAGUAAUAGACAUCGGUCCAGGUCAAGGUCAGAAUCAAGGGAGAAAAGAAAAACUAGCCCGCGUGGUGAGAGGUCUUUAUCUAGAUAUUCAGAAGCUCAUACACGUCGUGAAAAUUCUUGUUCGAGAAAGACAACGAAAGCUUAUCGUCGAUCUAGAUCUAGGGAGGGUGCUUCGCGCUCACGGGAACAGAGCAAAGAAAGAUUUAAUAGGGGGAAGAAAUCGCGAUCACGAUCACGAUCGAGACAGUCGGAUUCAAUCUCCCAAAAACGACAUCGCUCGAAAUGGGAAAGACGUUCUCGGGAGGAUUCAUUGCAUGAACAAUCCAACUCUUCAGGCUUUAUAAAGAAAAAAUACGAACGAGAAAAACGGAGGUCGCACUCUCGUUCUUCGAGUCCGUCACAGUCUCGAUCAAAAGGGAAGACAGCUCUGGGCUCUCGAGGAGCGAAAUCUAGAACAUGGAGGAAAAGUGACCGUGAUCCACAUUUGCGAUCUAUAUCGCCGUUGCCGAUACGGCACGAAUCUUCCUCAUUUUCACGCGAUUCUAGAUCGCGUUCUCCAAAGAGAGACUCUCGAUCACGAUCACGACAUCGAUUGUCACUGUCUUCAUCACGAAAUCUUACAGACACUUCACUAAAUUCACGUUCUCUGUCACAAAAGGCAAUUGAGUCAAAAGCAAAUUCAGCUUCAGAGUCGAAAGAAUCAACUGACCAGAGUAAUGAGCAUAUCAGGAAGGAAAUUGAAGAUUUAGAACUUCGUAUUAAUGCAGAUAAGAAGCGAUUAUUAAAACUACUUAUCAAGCAGGAGAGAACGAAAGGCGAUGGAAUUACAGCCACCGGCGAGGAAACUGAAAGUGCACCGCGUGAAGAAGACCGUCUCUGACCUUGAUACCUGAAAUGACAAUCAGCCUAAAACGCAGUAGACUGCGUAGCACAGCAGGCACUUGAAAGUAAUGGGCGCACGAACGAACGGGGCUCGCGUGCCCGCGUUCUCUCUCUCAAGCGCU